AAACCUCGCGAUAUGUUACAAAGAUCACGCGGAAGUUGCCACUUGUUUAGAAUUCCCGAAAGAUGGCGGCGGCGCCUCCAGACGAGGCUAGCCUGCAGUCUCGCAUCAACAAGGCCACCAAUCCUUUGAACAAGGCGACUGACUGGGACAUCAUCCAGGGGUUUUGUGAUCAUCUUAACAAUGACCCAGAAGGUCCCCAGCUUGCAACCAGACUGCUGGCCCAUAAAAUCCAGUCUCCCCAGGAGUGGGAGGCUAUGCAGGCACUUACGGUUCUUGAGACGUGCAUGAAAAACUGUGGAAAGCGAUUUCACACUGAAGUGGGAAAGUUUCGCUUUCUCAAUGAGCUCAUCAAGGUGGUCUCACCAAAGUAUUUGGGCACUCGGGCUCCAGAGCCAGUGAAGAAGAAGGUGUUAGAAAUUGUGUACAGCUGGACAGUGAGCCUACCAGAUGAGACCAAGAUAGCAGAAGCCUAUCAGAUGCUGAAAAAACAGGGCAUUGUCAAGCUGGAUCCUGUGCUUCCUGAGGACAAGCCUGCCCCACCGCCUCCAGCCAGAGCCAAAAGUGCCGUCUUUGAAGAUGAAGAGAAAUCCAAGAUGCUGUCUCGCUUAUUGAACAGCACUCACCCUGAAGAUUUAAGAGCAGCAAACAAGCUCAUUAAGGAAAUGGUCCAGGAGGACCAAAAGCGUGUGGAGAAAGUGUCAAAGCGGGUCAACGCCAUCCAGGAGGUGAAGGAGAGUGUGAGCCUGCUGAGCCAGCUGCUGGAGGGCUACAGCAAGGAGAGCUGCUCCCAGAGCAACCAGGAGCUUAUUAAAGAUCUUUACCAGCGCUGUGAAAAGAUGAGACCUACACUAUUCCGACUAGCAAGUGAUACUGAGGACAGUGAUGAAGCCCUUGCGGACAUUUUACAGGCCAAUGACAGCCUGACGCAGGUCAUCAACCUGUACAGACAGCUGGUAAAGGGAGAGGAUGUGACAAAAGACUGCAUCAGCACAGCCUCACAACCUGCCAGCAGCAGCUCAGCUCUUGUCGACCUGAUGGGGCUCAAUGCAUCAGCCAGCACAGAAGCAUCCAACCCUGAGCCGUCCAGCCUACAGACCCUGACUCAGAACAUGGGCAUCAGCCUCCUGGAUGAUGAGCUCAUGUCGCUGGGCCUGAAUGCAACGGAAAACUGUGACUUCCAGAACACCUUUCAGGUGCAAGUUUCCUCUGAUAGCACAGAAUCAUCUGCUGCAUCGCUGCCUGCUGCGGUAUUGCUCCCAGCCGUAGUCCAAACACUUCAUCCUCCACCAGUAGGGGGCCCCAUUGCUCCUAGUAAACCCAUUGAAGAUUUGGACAUGUUGGGGAAGAUGUUGUUACAGCAGUCUCUACCUCCAGAGAGCCAGCAGGUCAAAUGGGAUAAACUCCAAACUCAAUCCAGAGUCACCUUACGAGAUCUGCAGAAAUCCAGCUCUAGAACUGCUCCUAAUGCAAACACCAACUCCUCUGGUCCCGCUGCUGCUCCGGGGCUAAUGUCCACCCAUGCUGUCCAAUCAGAGCAGCCUGACACCCUCCUCCUCUCCAAUCUCAGUCUCAUAGCUGCUGAGAAAAUCUCACUGGCUCCUGCUGAUCCCUAUGACAACAUCUCUUUAGCUGAUGUUACUGUGCCUCUUGAAACAAUCAAACCAAGCAGCUUAUUACCAGUUACUGUACUCGACAAACACAGUCUCCGGGUUUUGUUCACCUUUGCCCGUGAUUGUCCUCCAUCCCGGCCGGAAGUGCUAGUGGUGAUCAUCUCCAUGCUGUCCUCAGCUCCCAUUCCUGCAACAAACAUCCGCUUUCAGGCAGCAGUGCCAAAGGUGAUGAAAGUAAAGCUGCAGCCUCCCUCUAGCACUGAGCUCCCAGCCUUCAAUCCCAUCCUGCCUCCAGCAGCCAUCACUCAGAUUCUGCUGUUGGCUAACCCUCACAAGGAAAAAGUGCGUUUACGGUACAAGCUGACAUUCAAACUAGGGGAAACCUCUCACGAUGAAUCUGGCGAUGUGGAUCAGUUCCCACCUCCAAACACCUGGGGGAACCUUUAGUAGGAAAGACCAGGCCGCUGUCAUCUGAUCCGCUGCUGUUUCCUUUCAAUUUAAGUUGAAGUUGUCCCUUGUUGCUGGCUUGAUGGCUAGACAGCCCCCCCCCCCCCCAGUUUAAUAACAAACUGACAAGAGAGCUGUUGUGGGAGCCACCUUCUACCUUGUGCCUUCCUGUCCUUAAUCAAUCAUCUCUGUGUUUCUGUGUCCCACGGCUACUUUUUCUUCUUCAAACAAUCAGUUCAACACACACUUUAGAGCAGACUGUCGGUUAAUUCUAUUGGAUGCAGUGAACCAUACGGAAAAGUUGAGCCUUUAAAAAAAGAAAAACCUGAAUGUGUCUGAAAGUUACAGCUGGUGUCAUACAUUGUUUCUGCUUUUAUAUAUAUUUAAAAAAAAAACAUCCCACGUUCAGAGAUAGUUUGUCAGCCAGGGAGUGUUUGGAGUAGGGGUGCAACAGAUCAUUCUUUUCUUUCAGUCUGUAAAUAAAUCAAACUUAAAGCCAGUUACAGGCUUGAAGGGAUCUCUUAAACCUGUUUACAGUUUGGCCAAUAGCGCAUGUAUUCAAUCCAUGAUAUGAAGUGGUUUAUGUUUCUACCUGAUAAAUAACAUGAUUAUCAGAUUUGGAAUUCAUUUCCUAUCAAAUCAUGAAUUGACAAACUGGCUCAUUGUUGAAUAAGUUCAGUAAAUGUAAUAUGAAGAUGACAUCAUGCUGAAUAACCAGCAACAACCUCCGCUAUACCCCACUACGGAAACUGUUUGUUUUUUUGUCACACACAGAGGAACACUAUGAAACUUCAUGUUAUUGUCAACACUUUGAAAUCAUUGAAACGUUUUUUCCCUUUUAUGAAAUGGAGUAAGUUAAAAUGUUAUAAACAGAAAAGCAUUUACAGAACCAAGCUUCCUGUUUCCGGGUUGCAUACAGGAUGAACCGGUACCUUUUUUUUUUUUUUAAUUUGUGUCAUGUUUUGGAAAGUAAUUAUUGGCCAAUGUGUGUUUCUAAGCUGUGGCAAGACUUUUCCCACAGCAAACAUUUUGACUUGUCUUUGUAAAAAAAAAAAAAAAGCACACGUGUUAAUUGACAUCAU